ACUGUUCCAUCAACAGCAAACCCUACAAUCACAUUGACACCAAAUUUAAACCAUUCAUCCAAUGUGUUGUCAUCGCCACCACCACAACCAGUGCCGCCACCACCACAACCAGUGCCACCACCACCACCGCCAACAACAACAACAAACCUUACGAAUCUUUCUUACAGCACGCCAAUUCCAUCUUCGGGUCCGAAUAUGUCUAUGAAUAUCGCAUCAAUUUCAACCUCAUCUUCGACUUCAUCCGACGAAGAACCCGAGAGGCGUUGCAAGAGGAAGAGAAAAUGGGCAGACUUUUUCCAGAGGUUAAUGAGUGAAGUGAUUGAGAAGCAAGAAGAGAUGCAGAAGAAGUUUCUAGAGACGUUAGAGAAACGCGAAAGAGACCGCCUGGCGAGAGAAGAGGCUUGGAGAGUUCAAGAAAUGGCAAGAUUGAAUAGAGAGCAUGAUCUUUUAAUCCAAGAAAGAUCCAUGGCUGCGUCAAAAGACGCUGCGGUGAUCGCUUACUUGCAGAAGAUAUCGGGACAAGAAGUAGUCCCAAAAGUAGCCGCCCAACUACAAACGCAUCUGCAAACGAGACCGCACGAUAAUCCAAUAAUGCCACCACCAGCAGCACCACCACAACCACAACCGCAACAACAACAACAACAACAAGAAGUACAACAGCAGCAACUGUCACCAAUCCAAUCUCAACUAUCACUGCAAACACUAUUUAAAACUCCGGAAAAUCCCAAGACUGAUAAUGGCGGGGGAAAUUUCACCCCGGUUGCGAGCUCUUCCAGGUGGCCGAAAGCGGAGGUUCAGGCGUUGAUUCAGCUUCGGACCAAUAUGGAUCUGAAAUACCAAGAAAACGGACCCAAAGGGCCGCUGUGGGAGGAGAUGUCGGCUGCGAUGAGAAAGCUCGGGUACAAUCGGAAUGCGAAGAGGUGUAAAGAGAAGUGGGAGAACAUAAACAAGUACUUCAAGAAGGUAAAAGAGAGCAACAAGAAGAGACCCGAGGAUUCGAAGACGUGCCCGUAUUUUCACCAGCUCGAUGCUCUAUACAGAGAGAAAGCCAUUGCUGUGAAGCCUGAGAAUCCGAUGAUGGUCCCGAUAAUGGUUCAACCGGAGCAACAAUGGCCCCUUCUAGAAGAUCAUCGGAGAGACCAGUCGGCAAUGGAGGAUCACAACGAUGAUAAUGGACACAACGAAGACGAGGAUGAUGACGAGGAAGAUGAAGACGAUGAAGCUGGUGGGUAUGAGAUUGUAGCUAACAAACCACCUUCAGUGGGCACAGAUGAGUGAGCUGAAAUGUAGGGGUUUGUGAAAGGAAAUGAAUGAGCUUUUUCGGAAGGUGUGGGUGAGAGAAUUGCAGCCGGAGGGGGUGUGUGGGUCAGAUUCCGGCAGGCUGGUGGUAGGGGGUGGUGAAAAAUUUCAGAUGAGAUGGAUACAUGAAACACAUGGGGCUGUAAGGCUAUACUGCUAUUGUUUAAUGUUUAAUUUUUAAAAAUUUAUUUAUUAUUUUCUAAAUAACUAAAUUGAGAGAGAGAGAGAGAGAGAGAGAGAGAGAGGUUCCAAAAAGAACAAAUAAAGAGAUAGUGGUUUAUUUUUCUUUUUGUUCAUCAUGGGGUGUAAAUUUGAGAAAUGGUCACUAGUGUUUGUUUCUUGAGGAGUAUAUUAUAGUUUUCAUCUUUCAAUUAUUAAGAAUCUUUCGGAAAGUGAGUUA